AUGAAUACUCAACUCAUGGGUGCUCCUAGGAAGAAGCCCUUUUUUGAGCUCAUCAGAUCUGCUCCUGGGUUGAUCCAGGUUUCUUAUCCUGAUCCCUUCUGGAACAAAGAUCUCAUUGACUUUGAGAAGAUCCAGACUGCCUCCAAGGAGAAUCCCAAGGACCCUGUGGGUGGUUGGACAGCCCUCCUCAACUUGAUCUGCAGAGCUGAAGGUGACAACACCUUGGGUUACACCACCCAUGUCUCCAGGAAGGCUCUGAUUGCUGCUGCCUUCAACCGUGUCAGUCAGCUCACUCGGGACUCUGUGGCUGCAAUCUCAACCAACAUCAAGCCCCCUAAAGAGGACCCAAAGGCCCCCAAAACCGAUCUGGACGGUCUCCGUAGUGCUGGGAAGUUUUUGCAUCACCGAAUCGAAGCGCUUGGCGGUAGCACUCCUACCUCUGGGAAGAAGGGGCAGGUCAAGGCCUCUGAGGAGGGCAUCUCCUUUCUCCAAAAAAGGAUUUUUGAAAUGCUUUUGGGAAUUGCUCUGUGCAUGGAAUGCAAUGAGCUUUUCAAAAAGGAGAAGGAGUAUGAGAGGUUGCCUGGAUUGACUCAAGAGGAAAUCAAGGCUAAAAAAGCCGAUCUUCAGUCGGUUGCUGUCUUUCGCGCUGGUCCUGGAACUCUCUCUGCGGUCGACUGGUCUAUUGCCAGAAAGGAGGCUUACGGUGCUCUGUCCAUUUUCUUGACAUUUGGAGUGGCUGGGUGGUUUUCUUCUUUCACCAACCAUCGAAAGUACAACCUCGCCGAUUGCUAUGGCCUCAUCACUCUUGCCGAUCAACGGAUCGAACAACUCAAGAAGAUCCCUGCCGAUGGGAUUGAGACGACCCAUCCUUUGGUCUCGGGCGGCUGGAAGUAUCUCAAUGGCUUUCUUCUGGGGGUUCUCAAUGCCUCCAAGAUCCCAACAGCAGACUCUGCUCAAUGGGGGUUGAUGAGCAAGAGAUGGGCCGAGACCUUGACUCCUGCCCAGAUUGGUGAAUUAGUCCUGGCCGAUAUUUUUGCUGAAGUUGCUCAACCUGGUCCCUCGGUGUCGUUGACUGGAAAAUACGCUGUCCAUCCGGUUAUUGAUGCUGGAACAGAAAAAAACAAAGAUGGGGUUUUGCAGAUCUUGAAAAAGACUAUGCCUUUCUUGCUCAAGGGAUCCCAUGGUGGGUUGGGUGAUGGUGAAGAAGAUGAAGAUGAAGAUGAGGAGGAGGAUGAGGAGGAGGAUGAAGAAGAGGAAGAAGAGGGGAGGGAGGAGCGCGCUGAACACGAACGCAGGGCGCGAGAAGCAGUCAAGCAAUUUAUUCAUGAAGAGGCUGUCUGUUCUGAUGAUUGA